CUUGGCUAUAUAAAGAGACUAGAUAGAUAAAGGGGAAAAAAGAAAAGAAAAAGAAAAAGGCAGAAAUCACACCUUGUCUUGCCUGUACUUUAAUAUACCUUACUUUACACCUACCUGGAGGUUACCCGUAGUUAAUGUCUCUUUAACUUAUUAUAUGAUUGAAGCUAAUAUCAUCAAGUGAGAGAGGCCACCAGCCACUCCCUCUAACCUGUCUCACCAACUCGCAUCUAGAAGCAAUUAGGGUCACUCCUCUCUCUCUUUCUCUCUCUCUUAUUUAGUCAAAAGCCUAUAAAAUCAGACCCCAAGUCCUCCCAAGGGCCGGCCUUAAUGUUUCAGCAACACAAAAAACAAGGCCACCAGAUUUCCUACCGCUCCUGCUAAAAAGAAAAACAAAGAAGAAAAAAAUAAAAGAGAAAGUGUUUAUUUUUUAAUUUGGAAAGAAAACUAAUUUUUUCAGUUCUGUAUUUCUUCUUUCUCCUGCUCAAUGGGAAGGUCUCCUUGUUGUGAGAAAGCUCACACAAACAAAGGAGCGUGGACUAAAGAAGAAGAUGAUCGACUUAUUGCAUACAUAAGGGCUCACGGCGAGGGUUGCUGGCGUUCACUACCUAAAGCCGCCGGUCUCCUAAGGUGUGGCAAGAGUUGUAGACUUCGUUGGAUUAAUUACCUUAGACCUGACCUCAAACGUGGAAACUUUACAGAAGAAGAAGACGAACUCAUCAUCAAGCUCCAUAGUCUCCUUGGAAACAAAUGGUCUUUAAUAGCUGGAAGACUACCUGGAAGAACAGACAAUGAGAUAAAGAACUACUGGAACACCCACAUAAGAAGAAAGCUUUUGAACAGAGGAAUUGACCCUGCAACACACCGACCACUGAACGAGUCAGGUCAAGAGACGACUAAUACUUCGACCACCACAAGCGCCACCGCAGCCACCAACACCACCGCCGGUACCAACACAACCACCACAAUAUCAUUUGGUGCUUCUGUUGUUAAAGAAGAAGAGAAAACGACAAGUGUUCUGUUGUUAAACCCAGUUCAUCAAGAACAGUGUCCUGACCUGAACCUUGAGCUAAGAAUUAGCCCUCCUUAUCCGCCGCAUCAACAACAACAACGCCAGCAGCCUGACCAAUUGAAGAGCGGCGGUGCUUCUCUCUGCUUCGCCUGUAGUUUGGGUUUGCAGAACAGUAAAGAGUGUUGCUGUACAAUUUCAAGUAUGGAUAGCAAUAACCCAAGCACCAGUGUUGGUUAUGAUUUCUUGGGUUUGAAAUCUGGUGUUUUGGAUUACAGAAGCUUGGAAAUGAAAUAGUAAUAAUUAUUAUUAAUAAUAAAAUACUAUCAUUAUUUAAAAAAAAAAAAAGGAAUUUUGUUGGGGGGAGUGUUCUUAUGUAGCAUAUAACAGAAUAUUGGAGAGAAAUUAGAAAAUGGAAAAGAUUGUUAAUUCAUUGAAAAGCUCUCAUCUCAUAUAUUUUUAUUUUAUUUUUUACCUUUUCCCCUCUAAUUGUAUGGCUGUUUAUAAUAGUAUAGUACCACUACCAGUACAGUUUGAUUCCUA